AUGAAGCUCGGUAGCUUUGCGAGUGUGGCUUUAUUUAGCCUUGCUGCUGCGGUGGAAGAACCUGAGGGCCAUGAGUAUCAUCGGAACCCGGCUGAUGACCGAUCCCCCUGUCCCGGCCUCAACGUCCUAGCAAACCAUGGUUUCCUACCUCGCUCGGGCUUGAACAUCGACCUGGAGACGUUCCGGUACGCCGCCCACGCAGGCUUCAAUUACAAGCUCGGCUCCGUCGACCAGCUCUUCCAAGCAGCCAUCGACUUCAAGCUGUCCACCACCGGCAACAGCUCCACCAUCCACCUCUCCGACCUGGCCAAGCACGACACCAUCGAGAUGGACGGCUCGCUGUCGCGCAACGACUUCCUCCUGGGCGACGACCUGACCUUCGACCCGGCCAUUUGGCACACCGUCGCCCUGAACCUCGACCUCUACAACACGGGGCCGUCCGAGGCCGACAAGUACGUCACCGUCGAGACGGCGGCCAAGGCCCGCGCCGCACGCGUGAAGGACGCCAUGGCCGCCAACCCGAACUUCAAUGCCUCCGAGGCUCAGAUGAUGGGCAGUCCGGGGACCACGGCGCUGUAUUUGACGACGCUGUGGGAUGACGAGGCUGAUGCUGCGCCCAAGGCAUGGAUCAGGGCCUUUUUCGAGGAGGAGCGCCUCCCGUACCUCGAGGGCUAUGAUCCCGCAACUCGCCGGGAAAAGACAUUUGAUGACGUUACCGCCAUGUUUGCCAGAGUGGUUGCAGUGAACACCGAACCUAGCAAAUGCAAGCGCAAGUUUAGGUCGUGA